GAAGAACUUCAAAUCAGCCAUCAUGCAGAUAAAACACUAAAAAGUUUCUGCAAAUGGCAAAAGAAUAUAAACUUCCGAGAUGACGACCAUCCAAACCACCAUGAUGUUGCCAUACUGUUAACCAGAACCAACAUUUGCUCUCGUAAUAACGAGCCUUGCAGUACACUGGGUCUAGCACAAGUGUCUGGAUUAUGCCAACCGCACAGAACGUGUAGCAUCAACGAAGAUACCGGACUAUCUCUGGCUUGGACCGUGGCUCAUGAAUUAGGCCACAAUUUUGGCAUGAAACAUGACAAUCAGCACAGCGACUGCAUGACUGACUCAGAUGUGCCACAUGUAAUGGCUCCUCACCUAACAUGGGACAAGUCACCAUCCACAUGGUCCAACUGUAGCCGCCUAUCAAUCACAAAAUUUCUGGAUCGUAACUGGGGCUACUGCUUGGAUGAUCCACCUGGCCAUCAUGACUUCAAAUAUCCAGAGUUGCCAGCUGGUACAAUGUAUGAUGCUGAUCACCAGUGCAGGCUUUUGUAUGGAGAGGGGGCUGAGAGGUGCACUGGUAUUGAGGCCUUAGAAAAUGUUUGCACAACUUUGUGGUGCAGAGUAAACAACAAAUGUUCUACAAAGCUUCAGCCAGCGGCUGUAGGAACUAUAUGUGGCAUUGAUAAGUGGUGUUUUGCUGGGCAGUGUGUUGAUAUUAGUGACCGACCACAGGCUAUAGAUGGACAAUGGGGUCAAUGGGCAGAGUGGACAGACUGUACCAGGACAUGUGGGGCAGGAGCCAGUGUCUCAGAGCGCCACUGCAAUCAUCCACCUCCUUCAAAUGGUGGAAAGUACUGUACUGGAGAGAGAAAAAGAUACAGAAUUUGUAAUACUGAGAACUGCCCAGAAAAUGCUCCAAGCUUCAGGGCACAGCAGUGUUCCCAGUUUAAUGAUAUUCCAUAUAAAGGAUCUCAGUAUGAAUGGCAGCCUCUGUCAACGCCAGAUAAACCUUGCCAGCUCCACUGCAAACCAACAAACUUCUAUUUUUCUGUACUGUUAAAAGAUAUUGUCACUGAUGGUACACCCUGUGUUAUUGGUUCCCGACAUAUUUGUAUCAGUGGCAGGUGUAGGCAUGUUGGCUGUGAUUGGAUUAUUGACUCUAAUGCUGUCGAAGACAGGUGCGGUGUAUGUUUUGGUGAUGGAUCUACAUGUAAAACAAUCAAACAGCAGUUCAAUGAGACCAAACAACAAGGCUACGUUGAGGCAACAGUAAUUCCUGCAGGAGCUCGUAACAUUCGUGUUGAAGAGGUGGCUGAGGCCAGCAACUUUCUGGCACUGAAAAAUGAAGCUGGGGAAUAUUAUCUUAAUGGGGACUGGUUUAUACAGUGGUCUGGUGAUUAUGAAAUGGCAGGCACUGUAAUUCAUUACAAACGGACUGGAAAUAAAGAAAAAUUCCUUGCACCUGGGCCCCUAAAAGAACCUCUGCAUAUUAUGUUACUGAUGCAAAGUCAUAACCCAGGUGUGGAGUUUGAGUACACAGUUCCUAAUGAAAAUGCAGCCAACAGCAAGAAGUUAGAAUUUAGCUGGGAUUACAUUGGGUGGUCACAUUGCACUGUUUCAUGUGGUAGAGGAACACAGAGAUCUGCUGUUGUCUGCAAAGAACAAGAAGCAGGGCUUGUAGAUGAAUCAAACUGUGACCAGGCUACAAAACCUGAUGACCAACUCCAAGAAUGCAAUAUCCAUUUGUGUCCAGCUAGAUGGUGGACUGGCCCAUGGCAGCAUUGCUCAGUAACAUGUGGUGAUAAUGGCACCCAUCACAGAACAGUCAUCUGUAUUCGCAGUCUUGGAUCUGACGAGCAGAUUGCUCUGGAGGAUCAGGCCUGUGAAAGCUUAGACAAGCCUGUUGAAAUGGAGCCAUGUCAGCACAAAAAUCCAUGCCCUGGGCUUGGUGUCUGGGAGGUGGAGGAAUGGAGCAAUUGUUCAGCUACAUGUGGACAUGCCAUGCAGUUCCGUAAAGUUGUCUGCACAAAGCCAGGAUAUUGUGACUUAUCAAGUAAACCAGAGUCCACCAGGUUGUGUGACGACCUCAGUCCUUGUUUUGCAUGGAUCCAUGGAGACUGGAGCAAGUGCUCAAAGUCAUGUGGAAUUGGCAUCCAAGAACGAUCAGUUCAGUGUGUAAACCUAACCUCACUGCAGUUAUCUGAAGGAUGCUUAUCACAUAUUAAACCUGAUGAGAUACAAGAAUGCAGUGAAGAUGAAUGUUCUUCUGAUGAUAAUACUGCAAAAAGUGCCUUGUGUGAGAAUAAUGACAUGAGCUCCAAUGUAUGCCGAAUGCUGAAAAAAGUUGGCUUGUGUGAGAAACAACACAUCCAGGCUAAGUGUUGCAGAACUUGCCACACUGAUGACCGGCCCAACCCUAGUGAAGUAGAUAUGUCAAGGAGAUAG